GGCACGUGCCUUUCGUUGCUAUGGGAACACCACGAGCGAGGCGGUCAAAGCAAAAUAUGGCGUACCAGGGUAGCCUUCAUCCUCUUUAGAUCGAAUCGACGUCACGGUUAGGCUGCGUGCUUUGCUUGUUGCUGCGCGUUUGUACAUUUGCAUUUCUUACCUCUACUUCCGCGCGUGCACUCUAGUACCGCUCCGCGUAAACAACAUGAGCGUACGCGUCGUUGCACGAAUAAGGCCACUGCUCAAGCAAGAGCUAGACAAGGACACGAUCGUUUCCGCAGAGACCCUCGAAGGAGAGUCCGCUCCUACAGUCGUACGAUUACCGAGCCCGAAGAAUGACGCAGAGUCUUUCAGCUUUCAAUUCAGCUCCGUGUAUGAGCAGGAGGCCACACAACAACAAUUGUUCGAUGCCGAGAUCUCACCAACGGUCAAGAAUCUAUUCAAUGGCUUUGAUCUGUCGAUCUUUGCCCACGGCUGUACCGGUACUGGCAAGACGCAUACAAUGCGAGGAGGGAAGUCGCUGGCCGACCGUGGUGUGAUUCCGCGACUUUUGAGCGCCAUUUACAGGCGGUGCAAAAAGAUUGAAAAGGAUUCGGCCGGCGCUGCACAGGUCGAGGUCGCCCUAGAGUACUUCGAGAUCUACUGCGAUCGCGUCUACGACCUCUUCGAGCCACCAGAGAAGCGCACACCAUCUGGCCUUCCCAUUCGCGACAAUCACGGCAAGACAGUCGUUGUCGGUUUGACUGAGAAGCCAUGUACAACGCUCAAGGAGUUCGAGCAACUUUACGACCAGGCGAACAUGAACCGCUCGACGUCUGCGACCAAGCUCAAUGCGCACUCUUCUCGAUCGCACGCCGUACUUUGUGUCAAGAUCACACAGACCACCGAGACCACAGUCCGCGUCAGCCGCGCAUCUUGUAUUGAUCUAGCUGGAUCCGAAGACAAUCGCCGCACAGAGAAUAACAAGGAGCGCCUAGUUGAGAGUUCUGCUAUCAAUAAGUCGUUGUUCGUACUCGCCCAGUGUGUCGAGGCCAUGAACAAGAAGCAGAACAGGAUACCGUAUCGGGAGUCGAAAAUGACACGAAUUCUUGGGCUCGGUCAAAACAAGGGCUUGACGGUCAUGAUUCUCAACCUUGCGCCGACUCGCGCAUAUCAUCUCGACACUAUCAGCUCCUUGAAUUUCGCCAGUCGCACGAAGAAGAUCGAAGUCGCGGAGGUGGAGAAUGAUCCGGUGCUCAGGACUAUGUCGAAGCCGCUCGCGGUGACGAGCAGCAUCGGCGGGGCCACCAUCAAGCGACAACCUCUGCGCGCUCUGACGGCAGCGGCCAAUGUCAACGUGACGGAGACAGGAAAGGAGAAGAAGGGAGAAAAGCCCGUAAAGGCCUUUUCUGUAUACUCUGAUUCUCGUAAGCCUGUCUCACGUGUGGCUAACUCGACUUCCCAGAAUCAAGGCAUACGACGAACCGAAGCGCAAAAGCGGGCGGCGGAACCUAGCAGCGCCUUUGGCACUCGACCUACAAAGACAUUCCGCGCAGCUGAUAGCACUUCCCGAGCACGUACUGUCGAGGCUGGCAUGACAAAGGAGGCGAUCGAGACGCUAAUCGCGCAGAGACUCGAUGAGCGGCUUGCCGAGAAGGCGCUACAAGACGCUGCAGCUGCAGUACCAGCACUUUCUGAUGAACUUCAAAGGCGAUUGGAUGACUUGGAACAAAGAAUCGAUGCGAAGGAAGACGAUGGGAAGUCUCAGGGGCUACAGUUUCUACUCAUGGCCAAGCAACAUCACGCACGAGGCGAGGACGCGAACGCUUUACGUAUGUACCGCUUGGCUGAGCCGUACUUCCCUGGCAACGAAAAACUCCAAGCGAAGAUGAGGAAUCUGGAGGAUAGGAUAAGAGCAAAGCGCGACGAGGGGCCCAAGCACAUGUCGGCACCAGUUGCACCGGCACCUGUCUCGAGUCUAAUGGCACCAUUGAAGGCAGACAAGAAGGUCUCUAGACCGAAGAUGAUCUUCCGAGACGAUGCUGAAUCCGAGAGCGACAACUUCACACCACCGCCACAGUCCGACCAUGAUGAAUCGUUCACAUCUGAGAACAGCUUCGUCGCGAAGCCAAAGACGGCUCGCAAGCCCAAGAAGACACUCAAGAAGCUCCCCAUCUUCCGCGACGAUCUCGAGUCUACAACUUCUGGCGAACAGACACCAAGAACAUCCCAUCUCCUGAAGAUCAUUAACAGCCGCGACGUCAACCAGAUCAAAGCGCUGAAGGGAGUGGGCUCGAAGAAGGCUGACGCUAUCGUGAACUGUUUGAUGGAAAUGGACAACGCCGAGGUGCAGGACCUGGCGAGCCUGGCCAUGCUGAAGGGUGUCAGCGGCAAGACAGUGGAGAACAUGAGAAUGGGCUUGAGUCUUGUUGGCGAUUACGACUUCUGAGCUUCGCCACAAUUUGCAUUUCAGCGUGGAGUUUUGGAGCGCUUCUUGAUUAAAGUUGCAUAGCAUGGCAUGAGCGUAAAGCAUUCGCAUUGGGCGGGCGUUUGAGCGGAGAGCGUGUUGUUCCGCAUGGAUUAGCAUAGCAUAAGUAGCAUGAGAAUAGCAUCUUAC